AACAUAAUAUUACCAUGUAACAUAAUCAAUUUUCUGUUUACCAUUUGUUUUCUUCUCUGAAAGCCCAACCUUUUAAUUAUAUUUUGUAAUCAAUUUAUCAGUUAGUCAAUUAUUUCAAUUGUAAAACCCUGAAAGACUAAAAAGUAGCAUGUACCGGAUUGAAUAGUUUUCAAUCAAAGCUAUAGGUACUCCUAAAACUAGUGUGCCUGUUUCAUAGCUAUAAUUAGAUAAUAAUACAGAGUCAUCCUUUAUAGGUUUGAAUUAUUUGACAACAAAAAUAUGAAUAUCCCAUAUGGCAAGAUCUGUAGAAGAUGAAGUAAACGUGAAAUAAAUGAAUAAUUGUAAAUGUUUAUUUAUUUAUUUAAUAAUGAAAUCUCCAGUGGAACUAUGAGACCACCUCAAUCUCUUUGUAGCUCCCAUGUCUUUGCUGGAGAAGACUGGACUUUCCACUUUCCACGUAAAGGAAUUGAUAACGAAGAAGAUAGAAGAGUUGAAAUGUCCUGGAGAUGACGAGUUUGCAGAGUACAUCAUUGUCAUGUUACACAACUACAAGACUGCAGCAGAAGUACAGGCUGAGUUGGAACCUUUCCUUGGAAAGCAGUCCGCUGUUUUUACUCCAUGGCUGUUCAGUAUGCUAAGUCCAGAGGAGCCAUCUGAGCCAGUGGUAGCAGAACCAGUUGUAAAAAAGAGCGAACUUGAAGAGCUCAUAUCAGAUUCUUCCUCUGAGCCACCACAGGAAGCUAAACUAGAAAAAAGAAGAAAGAAGCGUAGGAAAUCUUCAUCCUCUUCAUCUUCUUCCUCAACAUCCUCCAGUUCAUCGUCUUCGUCAAGUUCUUCUAGUUCUGAAUCUGGGUCGGAAGAGGAGAAAACCAAUGGUUUUGGGAAAAUGAGAUCAGACAAGUUGGUCAAAAAAGAGAAUAAAAAAAUUAGUAAAAGUCAAUUACCUACGAAACCCGAUCCACAGAUUGAACAUAAAUUGGAAAUUUUGAAAGCGAUCCAAGCUAUUGAUUUUCCAAAAUUAUUGGAGGAGGAAAAGAGGCAAAUGAUAUCGGAGAGCCACAAUCAAGAGAAAGACGAAAGCCCGUCAAUUAUCCCUAAAGCAGAAAGAAAGAGAAGGCACAGAAAUUACCGAAAAGAAAAGCACAAGGGCGAGGAAUUCAGCGAUAUAAGUGACGAGGAGGGUGGAGGAUCUAGGAACAAGUCUGUUUCUAAAUACGCUUCUGUUGCUUCUAGUUUUAUUGAGGCUGUUGAGAGUGCUACUAUUAAAGUAACGGCAAACAAAGACACUAGAAAGGUGGAGGCAAAGCAUCAGAUGGAGGGUAUAAAACUGCCGCUGAUAGUGGAACUGGGAGUUGAUCCCAACACUGGAAAACCUAUCAUCAUGUCAAUCUGUCCUGCUAUCAAACUUGAGGACAUACCAGACAAGCCAGGGAGAACACACCAAGCAUCUCACGACUGGGGACGAGUGGAGGUGGGCGUGGUUCGAAAUGCAGUCCCCAGCAUAGACAUGUCCGAGUUCAAGCGAGAACUGGUCCACGCCACCAAGGUUGUGACUAACGAACUGAACGACAAGCAGUCCAGAGUAAAUGUUAGGUGCAAGUUCUGGCCAGACUGUCCCAACUUGAAGGCCUGUACUCAACAUCACCCAUUUGAACCGUGCGAGAAAUUCCCCAACUGUGAGGCAGUGCUAAGUUGCUAUAAGAUCCACCCUCUGUGUAAGUUCAACACGGCAUGUAGAGUUGGACAAUGUAAAUACACUCACACUGACACAGAGAACAAACGCGUUCAGAAAAUGAUACCGUGUUACUACGGAAAACAGUGUGGCUCGAUAGAUACAUGUCCCUUCCUGCACUGGGUUGGGGAAAUCAAAACUUCCGGGAAAAAGAAAAAGUCCAAGAAAGGGAAAUUAAAACAUAAGAAGCACAAGAGUAAAAAGAGGGCGUUAUCACCGAACGCAGCAGCAGCAGCAAGCCGCAAUCUUGAGAACAUGCAGCGCCGAAUCAGAAAUCUAAGCAGAGAACACGAGCAGAACCAAGCUGCAUUCAGCGCAGAAGCUGCGCAGGAACGGUCGCGUGAACACUCAACUUAUGUCAGAUCCACGGCCUGGGACUCGCCCGAACAAUCAAACACAGAAGGGGGUCGGUGGACUCCAUAAUUUAUGUUUAUGUUAGAUUUGAUUAUUAAUGGAAAUUGCUCUAAUGUACUAUAUUAUAUAUAGGAGUUAUAUUAAAUACUUUGUAGUAUACACAGGAGAAUUUCUCUUAUCUCUAACGAACCUAGAACAAUCUCUGUCUCAAAUGUCUUGUGUAUAACGGGUGUCUUAGACAAUGAUAUUUCAGUGUUCUUUGUGUGUUUUUGAGCAUCACCAUACCUUAGUACCAAGGAUCAUUUUUAAUUUUAAUUUUGUAUUCAGAAACCCUCUAUAAAACGAUACCCUAUUUUUCGUCACGUUAAAGCUAUAUUUCAUUGCAUGUAUUGUGACAUCAUUAAACUUUAUUAUUUUGCAAUGUUCCUUGCUUCACUGAGUUCGAAAUUUCAUUUCUAUCUUCACCAAGAAGUUCAGUAAGUAUGGAACAUAAUUACAUAAUUACAAAACUACAUAAUUAACUGUAUUAACUAAGUGUAGCUGUGUAGAACAAUGAAAGUACCAACAGUUUACUCCUAUUGUACUACUGAUAUAGUGUCUAGAGAUUAUACUUUACACACCUAGAUAACGUAGUUCUAUUGUUAAUCCCAGCACCAUUAGCUUCCUGUUUAUACUUUC